AUGUCCCUCUCCCUCUCCGCAUCUGCCCCACGCAUUCCUCCAUUCUUCCUCAACACCGACCAUCGUCAACGAUGUCUUGCACAGCUUCGUAGCAAACAUACUGGUCUCGAAAAGUACAUCUACCUCAAUGGCCUCAAAGAACGCGACCCCAACCUCUUUUACGAGGUCCUCCUCGGUAACAUGCUCGAGAUUAUUCCCAUUCUCUACACUCCAACGGUUGGCGAUGCUUGCUCAAAUUACUCUCACAUCUGGCGUCGCCCUGAAGGUCUCUAUGUUACGAUUGAGAACAAGGGGCACAUCAACCAGGUCCUCCGAACCUGGGCUUCUGGCCAGGCGUCUCGCAUUGCUGUCGUGACAGACGGCUCUCGCAUUCUCGGGUUAGGUGACCUGGGCGCCAACGGGCUCCCCAUCUCUAUUGGAAAACUAGACUUGUACAUUGCCGGCGCUGGCAUCAAGCCCACCACUACCGUUCCUAUAUGCCUCGACCUUGGCACAAAUACUCAAAGGUACCUAGAGGAUCCUCUGUACCUGGGCGUACGCCGAAAGCGCCCUGACGCCGCAGAGAUGGACGAAUUCAUGAAGGAAUUUAUGGAGGCAAUGAAGGACGUCUUUCCUCAGUUACUCGUUCAGUUCGAAGACUUUUCGACCGACAACGCUUUCAAGUAUCUUGACAUGUUCAGGUCACAAUACCGUGUCUUCAACGAUGAUAUUCAAGGCACAGGAUCCGUGGUUCUGUCCGGGUUCUUCAAUGCUGCCCGACUGGCGUCAUCUGCUGCUGGCACGCCAAUAUCAGAACACCGAGUCUUGUUCUUUGGCGCGGGUUCGGCCGGAAUCGGUGUUGCUAAACAGUUGAUGUCGUUCUUCACCCUGUUGGGCCUGAGUGAAGAUGAGGCCAAGAAGAGAAUCUACACCGUAGACUCUAAAGGCUUGAUUACGGCAGACAGACCAGGGUUGCAAGAACACAAGAAAUACUUCGCCCGCACCGACUAUGACGGCUCUGCACUUACCAAACUAAUUGACAUCAUUGAACAUGUUAAACCCACCGCUCUUCUCGGCUUGAGCACUAUCCCAAAUGCGUUCACGGAAGAUGUCGUGAAACUGUUGGCUAAAACCAAUGUCCGUCCGAUUAUCUUCCCUCUGUCAAACCCGGUGUCCCUGUGCGAACUAGACUAUUCCGAUGCCAUUCGCUGGACAAAUGGCUCCGUCAUUUUCGCUUCUGGCAGCCCGUACAAGCCUGUGGAGUUUGAAGGCAAGAUAUAUGAGCCUGGACAGGGAAACAACAUGUACAUCUUCCCCGGUAUUGGGUUGGGUUCCAUCCUUUCCAAAGCGAGGCACGUCACGGACGCAAUGGUGGAGCAGGCCGCGAUCUCAUUGGCCUCGUCUCUCACAAACGAGGAAAAAGAUUGUGAUUUGGUCUACCCGCGUCUCACCCGCAUCCGUGAUAUCAGCGCCCACAUCGCAUUGGCUGUCAUCCGGGCUGCUCAAAAGGAUAACGUCGACGAAAACGCUCUCUUCCGAGGUUUAUCUGACGAUGCGUUGUUGGAGUAUAUCAAGGCGAAGCAAUGGCAACCGACAAACAUUCAGUCCUUCCCUCGUCUCUGACCGGUCACCCUUGAUGCUUUCCUCAAUUCAUGUAUAAUAUCUGUAUAUCGUCAAGGACUUGGCUACGUCACCUUCCAAACAUCUGCACGUAGGCCAGGAUCGGGAAUAUUCUCUUCAGGCGUCCAAUUUUUUAUCUAAGAAAAGCUUGCUACAAGGAAUCUCUAGACAGUCAUUAGAAUCCCAUUGCAUAAUGUUGAAA